UCUCACCCUAGGGGUUCCCACAGUCCCUCUCCUUGCCGCUAGGAUAGGCUAGGACCCUGAGCAGCAUGCUAACGAUACUUACUGUGCAGCGACCUCUAGACGUGCAUUCUCUAAACAUGGUUAAGUUAGGGUUAUGGUCAGCUUCGCACUCUCCGUGUGGCUUUCGAAUCUGCCUGUCAUACACAUCAUUGCUGAAGAAGCUGCCAGUGCUAGUCUGCUCGAUUCUCGAGAAGUUUUGACAGUUCGCAUCAGGACAGUCGACCUGAUGGUAAGCGGCAGGAUCCUCCGUAUUCGCAAGACGUAGUCCUGGGGGAGCAUCUGAAACUUGGUCUGCCACACCACUCUGGCGCUGUUGCAGAUGGGGUGCUUCUCGAUCGGUGCCCGGCCGUGUGGCGGUGGCAAUGCCUUAGGGACUGUGAGCUCGUUGAACCACUGCCUGAGGGAGAGUCAAGGAGCCGUAACUACCCGCCCUGCCCUCUCAGCCUUCCUUAUGCGAUAGUUCCACUGCUUUCAUUCAAGCUUCCUGUGUCUACGAGAAGGGCAUGGCUCACGAGCUUUCUCCGCGUCUAAGGCUAUCGUUCAAGUCUACUCAUUUCGCUGUUCCUCCGCUGUGGCUUUGUCGUGGCCGUGACGAGGUAGCGCCAGGGACUUGGGUAUCUCGUCAUACUCGUGCUAUCCCUCGCUGUCGACGCACUCGAUUCCGACUCCAUAGAGAAGACAUCGCAUAUAUCUCCUCCAAAUCGCUGCUGUUGAGCUGUCGCAAGAAGCCAUGCUCUGUGAAACGUUCCCGGGACUGCGUCAGUCGGCCUAGAUACAUCAUUGCUUGCUUUCCGAGUCUGUGUCUUAUCCGCCUGUUUCCAUUGGACGCUUGGCAGGCUUCGACGGUCACUGGGUGUAGUCUAAGUACGAUUGCUGUAUUCUCGCGGAGCCAUCACGUGGUUCCAAUUGCGACCGUGCUUCUGCUUCUCCACCUGCACCCUGUUCUCUCUUACCCAUGAAUAUCCUCACUGUCUUACUCGUCCUCGUCCCCCACACAUGGGCCCUGUGGCCCAUGCCGUCUACUUUGACCACAGGGUCUGCCUUCCUCGUUCUCUCCCCAGCGUUCCAAAUCACCGUCAACUUUGCGGACCCACCGCAAGACCUGCUCAACGCGAUCGCGCAGACCAAGACGUAUCUCGCAACAGACAACCUCCAGCGUCUCGUGCCCGGUCGCGGCGCAUUCAACGCGAGCGCCAUCCGAUCCGCACCGGCUCUGACGUCCCUGGUGCUCUCGCUUCUGCCCUCGCCCUCGCCGCACCCCAUGCUCUCGAUCUCGGCCGAAUCAGUGAAGCCGCUCGGCACCCGGUCCGAGGGGUACACGCUCUCGAUCCCGAGCACCGGCAGACCCGCGGUGCUCGCGGCGAACUCGACGCUCGGGCUGUUCCGCGGGCUGACGACGUUCGCGCAGUUCUGGUACAGUCUGGACGGCGAGGGGCGUACGGUGUAUCUCGAUGUGGGCCCGGUCGAUGUGGCGCGCGAUGCUCCGGCCUACAGCUAUCGGGGGUUUAUGCUCGAUACCGCACGUAAUUUCUUUCCGGUGGCGGAUAUCAAGCGAACCUUGGAUGCGAUGAGCUGGGUCAAGCUUAAUAUGUUCCACUGGCACAUCGUCGAUUCGCAGAGCUUUCCACUUAGUCUUCCCGAUUACCCGGAACUGGCUCAGAAGGGUGCUUAUUCGGCGAACGAGGUAUACUCUCCUCAGGAUGUGGAGGACAUCGUUCAGUAUGCUGCCGAGCGUGGGAUCGACGUUCUGAUGGAAAUCGACACACCAGGACACACAACUGCGAUCGGCGAAUCCCAUCCAGAAUACAUCGCAUGCAACAAAGCCAGUCCGUGGACAACCUAUGCGAAUGAGCCUCCCGCUGGCCAGCUCCGUCUCGCCACCCCUGCGGUCGUGAAUUUCACGGCGAGUUUGAUCGGUGCUGCGGCCAAGGUUUUGCCUGGCCAGUAUUUCAGUACCGGUGGCGAUGAGCUGAAUACCGAAUGUUACGCGAAAGAUGCGCAAACCCAAGCGGAUUUGAAGAAGAGCGGGCAUAAACUUGAGCAAGCCUUGGAUGCAUUCACUCAAGCUACCCACGGGGCACUCUUGCACCUUGGGAAAACCCCGGUCGUUUGGGAGGAGAUGGUCUUGGAUUUCAAUCUCAAGCUGUCGAACGAGACUGUUGUCAUGGUUUGGAUAUCGGCCGCGGAUGCUGCCUCGGUGGUCGAAAAGAACUUUAGAAUCGUGCACUCUGCAUCAGACUAUUUCUAUCUGGACUGUGGUGCCGGUGAAUGGAUCGGGGAUACGUCUACUGCAACUAGCUGGUGCGACCCGUUCAAAUCUUGGCAGUGGUCGUAUACCUUCGACCCGCUGGCAAAUAUCAGUGCAUCAAAAUCUCAUCUCGUCCUUGGCGGAGAGCAACUCCUCUGGACUGAACAAACGGAUCCGAGCAACCUCGACCCCAUCGUCUGGCCGAGAGCGGCGACGUCGGCCGAGAUAUUUUGGACCGGACCCAAGCUGCCCUCCGGCAAGGCACGGACUGGCGUGGAGGCUCUGCCGCGGCUGCACGAUCUGCGGUAUCGCAUGGUGCAGCGGGGAGUCCGGGCCAUUCCGAUUCAGCCGCAGUGGUGUGCGCUGCGGCCAGAGUCCUGCCUGUCUGCUUCUUAGCUAAGACUUGCUGAAUCGAAGCGUGUUACCCUGCUACGUGGAGGAGAAGGACGAGCGACAGCAUGUGACCUAACGCGUGUGAUGAGGUCACGUGAAAAGUACCUGACCGUGUAUCUUGGAAGUGUGACCUCUCUAGCCUUCUUGCAACAUUGUCUUGGAUCUGGAGAAAGGAUUAUGUAUUUUACCUCAGCGACGGUUCGCCUAAAGAACUUUCUGCGUUCCCGAUGUUCUUGAGACCCAACAACGCCUGGCUGCGGCUGCAUUGCUCGACCACUACUUGACCUUGGCCGACAAUCUUGGUGCUAUCUUUCUGGAGAUAGAUGCUUGAUUGCAUUCUGUGUGUGUUCAUCAAGAGCCACGGGAAUCUCCGAGACUCAUCGACGAGGGUCAUAAGCUAUCUACCGUGCUUCACCUGGGCUCCCUGAUGAUACUUGGUGCUGCUUUCCAAGACCUUGCGAACCCACUAUGACGCUAUCGUUGAGCUCAUUGCAUUCACAAACGAUCGCGUCCCACUCCUCGCGUCGAGCAGGUUGUCGAAGACCGUAUCCCCAUCUCGCGCAUACAGCAGCAGUUGGACCCGAUGCCCGUAUCUCCGAGCCCAGUCCUGGCAGUCUCAGAGAGACUGGACGUCGUGUGCGAAAGCGGCAACGAAUUCGGGACGCCAGGAGGCUGUGCACUCUGAGCCCUUCGAUGGCUAACGGUGGAGUCACCGAUCGCCUGCACCAUUUCCGAUGAUCUGUUGUCAACUCCAGCACGCCAUCGGCCGCGCCUAGUGCGCCUGCGACUGGGGGGCAAUGAAGUCGCACGAGGACCUCGGAGGAGUCUGAACCGAAAAUGCCUUGGCGGUAUCAGCAGAAUUCGUCCCCGUGCCUGGGACUGCUCUCCAUCCGGCAUACGUCGGUGCUGGUCCAUCGCCGAGCCCCAUGACGAGACCGCGUACAUUUGCGGAAUGCGUCUGGCGUCAUUCAUCGAGAUCUUGACGCAAGAAUGAUAACUACUGGGAUGGUCCAUUGUAUGACCAAUAUCCUGGUGUGGAUCGG